AUGCCGUGGUGGUGGGCUGCCGACCGCAUUGAAGAGUGUGAGAGCAGUGACAUGGAGGCCGGGCCCCCGACCCCUGGUGGUCCUGCUGUGGUGGUGGGUCCUCAGAGGCUCUCUUUUGCCUACCAGGGCCUCUUGGAGAUUCCCUAUGACACCAUCCUUCAGCAACAGGACACUCUGGAGGUUCUGGACCUCAGUUACAACUUGCUGGAUGAGGAACCCUGCUCUUUUGGGGGGUUGGAGAAGCUCAGCACACUCAUCCUGGACUGCAACAACUACAACGCACAUGUCAAAUUCCCCUACAUGCCCAGCCUCACCACCUUGUGGAUCAACAAGAACAAAAUCAGCAACCUGCCCAUUAUUGUGGAAGAGAUCUGCUGCAAGUUCCCAAAUAUCAAAAUUCUUAGUAUGAUGAACAAUGAAGCAGCACCCAGUUACUUUAAUGGAGGCAGUCUCACGCAGUAUAUUGAUUACAGGCAGUAUGUGAUCAGUCAGAUACCCAGUCUGGAGGUGCUGGAUGACACAGAGGUGCAGGAAAAAGAGCGUGAACUGGCCCGAAAGACCUACAGGAUGCAGAGAAUCAGAGAAGGCCGCAGCAGGAGGAAGGAGCUUCAUCGCUAACAGAGAAUUGUUAAUCAUAUCACACACUUUCCAGGGCUGGAUGACUUACUAUCCCACAACAAUCCAAGCACUCAUUCCAGACUUCAUGAGCUUCAAAGCCCGUUGACCGGAAGUGAAUUAAGUCAUCCACCAGAUCAUAUUUGUGAUGCGAUCUGGAGAAACCCGUCGGAUGUCACGAUUGAAUGUUUUCAGUAAAGUAAAAAAAUAGGUUGAAUGCCA